GAGGCGGAGGCAGGGCCCGGCAGAGCCGCGCCGCAUCCCGCCGCCGCCGUGAGGGGAGCGCCCGGGGCAGCGCCGCCCGCCCGCCGCCGAGGAGCCGGGGCGCCCGGCGGCCAGCAACGCCCCCGACGCGGGGCGGGAGCAGCGCGGAGGAGCAGCGCCGUGUGGCGGCGGCCGCCGCGGGGAGGAGAGGAGGAAAGUUGGUGCGAACGGCGGCGGGGCCGCCCGGGAACGGGACUGCAGGGAGCCGCCGCCUCGCCACGGCCCGGCCCGGCGCGGCCGCCGCGGAUGUGCCCCCGGCGGGCGGGGAAGGACGGAGCGGAGCGCGGGGGAUCGGGCGGCUGGCUGCGCUUCACCCUGGCCGGGCUGCUGCACCCGGAGGAUUUGUGGAUUGACUCUCGGUCCUGACCCACCGCCUCGGCUGGAUUUGUGGGGUUCCGUUGUUGCUGGAUUUUGGCUUUCGCUUUUUUUUUUCCUUCUAUAUUUUUUUCUCCUCUGUCCUCGGGGGAAGGAACUGCCUGCCAGCCCCGCUCGGGUCCCCCGCUGCAGUCGUGGCAGGGCCGUGGAGGCUGGGAGCCCCCCUACGAGCCAAGGUGAGCGCUGGCACCGAUCCGAUACAGCAUCAUCCCUUUCCCCCACGGAAAGGUGCGUCGGGCUUGUAACCCACACCAAAAAAAAAAAAUUUAAAAAUUUAAAAAAGCCACCCUGCAUCUAGAAGCGUACAAAAUAUCCAGAUAGUGGGACUCGCAUUUGGGAUUUGUUAGUUCUCUUGCUCAUGCCACUGCCCCAUGGUUGCCUCAAUGGCAGGAUCAUGAAGUGUUUGACUUUCUUUCUUCUGCUUCCAGAGACCUUAAAGAAGUCCAAAAAGAGUGUGAGGUCAAACGGCAAGGUGCCAGGAUGCUAUGAGAUAGUGCCCCUGUCCCUGAAGAAGAAGAUGGCUGCAGAACUUUACCCUGCCAGCACCAACACCAACAUCGCAAACAGUAACGCCGCCGCCGCCGCCACCGCUGCCAACAGCAAGAAGAACGCCCUGCAGCUGCAGCAGAGCGCCCAGCCGCCCCCGCCGCCCCAGCUCCAGAACCUCAACAACAACAACUUGGAGAGCUCCAACUGGCAGUCCUUCCACCCCACCCUGCGGGAGAGGAACGCGCUGAUGUUCAAUAACGAACUCAUGGCUGACGUUCACUUCAUCGUGGGCCCGCCGGGGGCAUCCAAGAAAGUUCCUGCCCAUAAGUAUGUUUUGGCAGUUGGUAGCUCUGUCUUCUAUGCUAUGUUUUAUGGCGAUCUCGCAGAGGUCAAAUCUGAAAUCCAUAUACCAGAUGUGGAACCUGCAGCCUUCCUAAUCCUAUUAAAAUACAUGUAUAGUGAUGAAAUAGACCUGGAAGCUGACACAGUUCUGGCUACACUGUAUGCUGCCAAGAAGUACAUCGUGCCGGCCCUAGCAAAGGCUUGCGUCAAUUUUCUGGAGACCAGUUUAGAAGCGAAGAACGCUUGUGUCCUGCUGUCUCAGAGCAGGCUCUUUGAGGAGCCAGAGCUGACGCAGCGCUGCUGGGAAGUGAUUGAUGCUCAAGCAGAAAUGGCACUGAAGUCAGAGGGCUUCUGUGAGAUAGAUCAACAAACACUAGAGAUCAUUGUGACCCGGGAGGCACUCAACACCAAGGAAGUGGUAGUUUUCGAGGCUGUUCUCAACUGGGCAGAGGCUGAAUGCAAACGGCAAGGGCUGCCGGUUACGCCGCGCAACAAGAGGAAUGUAUUAGGAAAAGCUUUGUACUUGGUGCGGAUUCCGACCAUGACUUUGGAAGAGUUUGCCAAUGGAGCUGCCCAGUCUGACAUCCUCACCCUUGAGGAAACUCACAACAUAUUCUUAUGGUACACAGCCGCAAAUAAACCCAAACUAGAGUUUCCACUGACAAAAAGAAAAGGACUCGUACCUCAGCGAUGCCAUCGAUUUCAGUCGUCUGCAUAUCGCAGCAAUCAGUGGAGGUACCGAGGGCGGUGUGACAGUAUUCAGUUUGCCGUAGACAAACGGAUAUUUAUAGCAGGACUGGGAUUGUAUGGGUCAAGCUGUGGCAAAGCUGAAUACAGUGUCAAAAUUGAACUGAAGCGCUUAGGCGUUGUCCUUGCUCAAAAUCUGACAAAGUUUACCUCUGACGGUUCCAGUAACACUUUCUCUGUGUGGUUUGAACACCCUGUGCAGGUUGAGCAAGAUACAUUUUACAAUGUAAGUGCUAUUCUCGACGGUAAUGAACUCAGUUACUUUGGGCAAGAGGGAAUGACUGAAGUGCAGUGCGGGAAAGUGACAUUCCAGUUCCAGUGCUCCUCGGACAGUACUAAUGGAACCGGAGUACAAGGAGGACAAAUACCUGAGCUCAUUUUCUAUGCAUGAUGCAUUUCACCUUGAUUGUAUUCCAGUACUGCAACGAUGCACAUUUAAGGGAUUUUUCAGUUUUACUAUGAACUCUGCAGCAGUAUGGAAUGUUACGCUACUUACCUAUCUGCUACAUCAGGCUAUACAAAUAAGUGAAGGAAUGCUCUUGAAUUUAAUCUUAUUUUAUUUAUUCAUAAGCUAUUUGACUUAAUUAUUAAGACUGCAAAAAGCAGAAAAAUGUUAAAUUUCGCACGUACUGUGCAUUUAUUUUGUAUAUAGAUAACUAACUUGCAGACUGCAGCUGACUUAAACAGAAUGUUCUAAACUAGAGCAGUUUAUGAAUCUGUGAAAUAUAAAAUGUUUUUACUUGCCCUAAGUCCUGCGUACUUGAUAAUUGCUCACCUUAUGGCUUGUGUCUGUUAAUUCAUCUAUGGUACAGUUAGCAGGGGUGGUGAUUGUGUAGGCUGUCCCCCUGUAUGCAUCUACAUAGGGCAUUAGCUAUCACCGCAACUGCAAAGGUUCCUUUGCUUGGUAACUGAGAGUAUCCAUCACCAGCCUUUAUUUUCCUUCACGAAAAAGGGAGCUGACAUCUGUAGAAGGUCAGGGGUUUUUGCGUGUUGCCUAAGCUAAGAUAGGCAAACCAUGAGUGUAAUCGGAGUUGAUCAAAAUGAUCCUGUGGUUAUAUUUGAAAGCUUCUAAUGCCCAUUCACACCCAUCAUCUAUCUGAGUUAACCUCCAGCCUGCCCAGCGAACAGCGACACCGACGCUCACACCUGUCAAACUGCACCCCACUUGAAUGGCCAGAGUCAAGACAGCGAGAUGAAGCUUAAUGCAGCAACAGGCUUUAUCACAGACAGCCCAGAGCUGUAAUACUGGCAGCCACUAUUCUAAACAUACAUCCCAUCCUCACGUUUGGGAGCAGGCAUUAGAGAAAUACUUGCAAUAUGGUCUUUAAGUUCACUCAAAAUUGCUAAUUAAAAAUAAGCCACCUUGAAACAAAAGCUGCUCUCUUUUUUCUAAAAACAUAGAAAAAAUGCCAUAGAUCUAAGAACUGCACUAUCUGCAGUCAAUUUAUAGCUAGCACCCUUUAACUUUUCUCAGAGUGUUAGAAGUAGAUGUUUUUCUCAAGUGUCAAUCAUUACAGAUAAGUGACAAUCAUUACACAUAAGCCAAUUAGAAAUGCUGGGUUUUAUAAAUCUCUCUUCUCAUGACGACUUUGGAAAGAAUACUCAAACAGCAGUCUAAACCAGUAUGUUUUUCCAUUUGUAACGAGUACCUCUAUAUUAAUUUCACAGGGUUUUCUGUUUGUCUUUUCCUAAGCUGCAUUCAUUUUCACCUGUUCUCUCUCUCUAAGAAAAAAAAGAGGUAGUAAUUAAAAAUAAGGCAGCAACUGAAUUACUGGAAACAAGAACUUUUUACGAGACAUGAAGCUACCCUAACAAAGCCAGCACACCAUGAUGGCUGAUAGCUGCGCACUGCCACAUACUAUCUGGAUGCCGUUAUGACGAUGUUCAGUGUGUGAGCUGCUGGUACUCCUGCUGCAAAGGCAGGCAGUUAUGUGCCCAGCUGAGUACAUCUGAAGGGGUGUGUGAGUGUGUCGUUCUUGAAUGCUAAGGCAUCUGAUUCUCUCAGUACAGAUUAAGGAGAGUGGGAGUGAGAGUGGGUAAAGAUACAGGAAGAAAAUUCCUGCGCAGAGGUGGGUUACAGUCACAAGACCUCUCUAUAAACGCACUCUUUUAACUGGAAUUGGCAUAAAUUCCCAUGGUUUAAAAGCUACAGCCUAGACAAUAGCUUGCUUUUUUUUUUUAAUUUUUUUUUUACCCUUUGGACAGGUUAAAACCCACCUUCCUAUCACUGCAUUAUGAUUUCAGUGAUAGCUUACUAAUUAAAAAGUUAUUCAUAUGCCUGGAAAAAGUUGCUCCUCAUUUUCCAUCAAGCCACUUGUAUUUCAAGCACUGAACAGCUCAGCUACAGGCAACAGACAGAUAGUAAAUUUG